AUGGUAACACGUUCAGCAAACAAGCGGACGGAAUCAGCAAGAUCCAAAAAUGAGAAGAAGCGUGCUCAUGAAGAACCUUCUCCAGAGGAUGUUGUGGAACUAGAUUCCUCGGAAGAGGAGUUCGACUUAGAUGGUCUAAUCGAUGAGGGCUCUGAUGAUGAGGGGGAAGAAGAUGAUGCUGAUGAACAUCAGGAGGAGCCAGAUGAGAACGACAAAGAAGAUACAGGAUUAGAGGCAGACGAAGAACCUGAAUUGGAGUCAGAUUCAGACGUUGAGCUGAACAAAAUGCUAGCUCAAGAAGAAGGAGACGAUGAAUCUUCCGAGUCAGAUGCUCCUUCAGAACCACAGGAAGAAACAAGUUCGUUGACCGACAAAGUCAAGAACAUUAAAAUUAGAAGCUACUCGGAAGGUUCAACUAGUAUACGAGAAACAACCUAUUCAGAUGGUAAAUUGAGACUAAUUAGACCUGAAAUUGACCCUAAGUACGAGUCUGAUGACAGCGAAAAGGAAGAAUUUAACACUGUCGGGAAUAUUCCUCUGUCAGCUUAUGAAGAAUUUCCCCACAUUGGUUAUGACAUCAAUGGUAAGAGAAUCAUGCGUCCAGCUAAGGGCUCCGCUUUAGAACAAUUGUUGGAAAGCAUUGACUUGCCCGCCGGUUGGACUGGCUUGUUAGACAGAAAUACUGGUGGGGUUAUGAAUCUUACGCAAGACGAGCUGGAGUUGAUUCGCCGAAUUCAAUCUAAUGAGCUGACCGAUGAAACGCUUGAUCCAUAUGAAGACACUGUUGAAUGGUUUUCCUCCAAGGUCGAAGUGAUGCCUCUUUCUGACAAGCCUGAACCAAAGAGACGUUUCGUCCCAUCACAACAGGAACAAGUCAAGAUUCUCAAGUUGGUCACUGCUAUUAGAGAAGGUCGGAUUGUUCAUCCUGACAAGGUCAAGGAAGAAAAGAUUGAAGAUCCGGUUUAUGAUCUGUGGCAGGACGCCGAGGACAAUACGGUUGAUCAGGAGAACAAUUGGAGAGCUCCUAAAUUAGCGCCUCCUACACAUGAGGAGAGUUACAACCCUCCAGAAGAGUAUUUGUUCACAGAAAAAGAAAGAAAAGAAUGGGAGGAAACCGACCCAAGUGAACGUAAACUUCAGUUGAUCCCUCAAAAGUUCACGGCACUAAGAAAGGUUCCUGGUUAUGCAAACAAUAUUAAGGAGAUAUUUGAGAGAAGUUUAGAUUUAUAUUUGGCUCCAAGAGUGAAACAAGCCAAGUUGAAUGUCGACCCGGAUUCUCUAAUUCCCGAGCUUCCAUCACCAAAAGAUCUGCGUCCCUUCCCUAUUCGUUGUUCUACUAUAUACGAGGGUCACAGCGGUCGUAUCAGAGCCCUAUCCGUUCAUCCCUCAGGAAUUUGGUUGGCUACUGGUGCUGACGAUGGUACUGUGAGAGUUUGGGAGGUUGUAUCUGGUAGAGAAGUUUUCAAGACUACGAUUAUUACAGAGAGCCAUAAGGGAGAAGAUUUUAUCGAAUGCAUAGCAUGGAACCCAGCUGAAAACUCAGGAAUUUUAGCAAUUGCCGCAGGAGAGCACGUUUAUUUAAUCGUGCCUCCUAUUUUUGGAUUUGAUAUUGAAAAUGCUGCGAAGUCUAAGAUUGAGCAUGGCUUUGGUUAUGCUAAACACGGAAAUAUUCGCAAGGCUGCCAAGGGUCCAUCCAACGCAUCUGACGACGAAGACACCACCGAAGCCGUUACUAAACAACACACUUCCUGGUUUAAGCCAACCCCAGAACAAGCUGAUCGAGGAAUAUCCUUGGUUGUCUCUAUGAAGAAGGUCUCUGUCAUCAAGAAGAUUUCAUGGCACCGUAAAGGUGACUACUUUGUCACCUCCUCGCCUAAUGCUGGAAAAACAUCUGUUUUGGUGCACCAGCUUUCAAGACAUAUUUCGCAGGCCCCAUUCAACAAAUCAAGAGGAGUCAUCAUGGACGCUAAGUUCCAUCCUUUCAAGCCUCAGCUAUUUGUUGUAUCACAAAGAUAUAUUAGAAUUUAUGAUCUACAGAAACAGGUCCUAGUGAAGAAAUUAGUAUCUCAGGCAAGAUGGUUGGCUUCUAUUGAUAUACAUCCAAGAGGUGACAAUGUUAUCACUGCCUCUUACGACAAGAGAGUGCUAUGGCAUGAUUUAGAUUUAUCCUCAGAGCCAUACAAGACAAUGAGGUAUCACCAGAAAGCUGUCAGAGCUGUUGCUUUCCACAAAGGAGGGCUACCAUUAUUCGGUUCAGCUUCCGACGAUGGAACGGUUCAUAUUUUCCACGGUACCGUUUAUGAUGAUCUGAUGUCCAAUCCAUUGUUAGUUCCUUUGAAGAAGCUAACUGGUCAUCGCGUAAUCCAGAGUCUAGGAGUAUUGAAUAUGGAAUGGCAUCCCAAAGAAGCAUGGGUCUUCACAUCUGGAGCAGAUGCUACUGCCCGUCUUUGGACUACAUAG